GGUGAAUGCGUUGCACAGUUGCCAGCAACUCCUGGCAGUGCCGAGACGACAUCAUUUCCGUUCCGGUGCCAACUAGCUGCGUUCGGAGCUUAUCUACCAGACGAGACCAAAAGUAUAAAAAUGGUCCUAGCGCCAAACGAUAAAAUGCUGGGCUGCUCGCAGGUAUCGGACAAGAAAUUCUCAAAUUUUGAGAACACUGCAGUGAUUGUUCGUCGUGGCGAGUGCUCAUUUCAGGAGAAAAUAGUGAACGUGGCGGUUAAGGAUGCGGCUUUGAUGAUACUUGUGAACUCAGAGGAUACCCUGAUUCCCCUUAGUAGUCUCGAAUAUGAACAUGUUACAACUGCUGCGGUGUCGGUAACACUAAGCGAUGGAGAAAAACUGAUUGAAAUGGUGAAGCGACGUGAUGAAUUGACUGGGAUUGAACUGAAGAUAGAGACUAUAAGUUUGGCUAACCAAGCGCGUACGAGGCUCCAGUUUUUGGUGGAUAUCAAUGCACCUGUGGCUGUCUACGAGGAAUUCAAGUAUGUUAUGGAGCAACUUGAGCCAAUGGUGGGGACGCUGGAUGGAUUGCUGUCCAUGAUAUGGACAGAGGAGUAUGAAAGAGUUGGUACCGUUCACAGCGACGCUGAAGCGAAGGAGUUAAUGGAGUUCUUGCCAUUCUGCGUGAAGCAGCUUUCUAAGUGGAGCUUUGCUAGUGAGGCAGCUCUCCAUGCUUCUGUAGCUGCUGCAGUUCUGCAAAUACAGUUGUGGAAUAAUGAAUCACAGACUGACAGUCGUAAGGAGCGCUUACUUGUGCGAACAGCAGCUCGAAAACUAAUGGAAUCGGGAUACUAUUCACAUAGUUUUUCUCUACUCCAAAAAAUACCAGCAUCUUCAGAUAAUCGUUCCGACACAUCGAUACAGUGUAUGCUGUCAUUUCUGAAAUUUCUACAAGGAGAUGUGAUAACAAGCCUGUCUGAAACUUCAGCAUGUCAGACUUUGAAAUUUGAUGCCGGUACUCCAAGUCUGAAAGUGGCGGAAGGAGCGUUCAACCGAUUGACUAAAUUGGAGAGAUCGAGUCACGAUGAAGAAUGUUUGGGACUUGCAGCGGGACUAGUUAAUGACACGAAUUUGGCGUUGGCGUGCUGCUACCCCAAUGAACGCACAGGGACUCUGUCUCGAGAGUUCAGUAGUGAAUUUACGAAGGAAUUUUUUCACUCGCUCGUUAUGAUGGGCGUUUUCUUGGACGAGCUGGGUCCGUUUGAAGAAUCUCUGCGUUUCUUUGGUUAUGCUGCGCGAAUGUGCCCGGGUGAUUCAACUACGCUUGAGCUUCGUCAGCUCCUAGCUGUGCCAGUUGUUUUCUCUUCCCAGAACGAAUUGGACUUAUUCAUCGCUGAACUGAAGAGUAAACUGAACAUUUUCACUGAAACACUUGCGAUAAAACACGAAUUGGAAGAACGGGUUGUCUCGCCACUAGAAAUCGCUGACGAAUCCAACGAAGCAGCUUUAAGUAUAACAGGUCCGGUUCUUCGGCCCGAAGAAGCGGCAUAUCUUCAGUAUACCAUCACGCCUCCCACCAUGUUUAUCGGCUACCAGGGUGUCGAUGUUCUUCCUAUUCAAGAGGCUAUAAAUCGACUUCGAUCUCUAGUCUACCCAAGUCUCACUUCCUCCUUUGAGCCGCAAAACCCUGACCGAUCUGAAGAAACACUAAUACCAGGUGAUGACCACAAACGUCGGCGGGUUGGUUUUAUCUCUUCCUGGUUUCGAAGCCAUUCGGUUGGUAAACUACUGCUUGGCGUCGUUCAAAAUCUGGAUCGAGCCAAAUUCCAUGUUAUCAUUUAUCGCUGCGUGCACUUCCUGCGUGAUGGUGACAAGAUUUCAGAAUUAUUCAAGCAUACAGCAGAUGAAUACGUCGAAUUACCUGAAACUCAAGACCCAGCAGUGCACAUUCUUCGACAAGCGCAAUUAGAUAUUGCGAUUUUUCCUGAAUUGGGCAUGGACGAGUGGACAGUUUUACUCUCUCACCAUCGCGUGGCUCCCAUUCAGUGCGUUUUCUGGGGACAUCCGAUCACCACGGGUAACCCAAAUAUCGACUAUUUCAUUUCUUCAGAGCAUUUUGUCUCUGAUAAUUUCGACGAGCCAACCGAGUCGACGCCGGUUAACGAACAGCUUAAGUUGUCAGGUUAUCGUCGGUCAUCGUUCUCGGAGCAGAUCGUGCUAUUCCGUGGUCUCAGCACGAUUUUCACUGAGCCCAACCCGCUAACGAUAGAGUCUAGAGAGAUCACUCGAUCUAGACUGUAUCUACCAACAAACCGGAGACUUUACGUGUGCCCGCAGACAUUGAUGAAACUUCAUCCAGCGUUUGAUGAAGCGUUGGCCAGGAUUUUGGAGCGUGACAACAAGGCCACCAUCGUCUUGUUGGCGUCCAAUACGCAAUUAGUCUGGAUGGAGAAGGUGCGGCGGAGAUUUCGACAGCGUUUUGGACGGAACCAUCGGCUAGUGCUGUUCUUACCGACGCUACCUUUUACCGAAUUUCAGGCGUUGUUAGCACAUGCUGACGUUGUACUCGACCCCUUUCCAUUCGGAGGCGGCGUCACGACACUGGAUGCGCUACAUUUGGGCAUCCCGGUGAUAACACUACCUGCUGCACAGAGCGUUGUCCACCUCGCUGCUGGAUUUUUGCGCUACAUGAACGCUUCUGAUUGUAUUGCAAAAUCGCUCGACGAAUAUGUUCAUCUAGCUGUGAGCGUUGCAAUGGACCACCAGGAUAUUCGGAAGCGGUUGCUGCUUCAUCGCAAUGAUAUUUAUCAAGAUGUAAGUACCAUCGACGAUUGGAACACGUUUCUAGACACUGUCUACCCUCUGCACUGAAGACUGAAAUAAUUUUCAGCUAGUAGAGUUACCAGGAC